CAAGGAGUCCAGUUCCUUCCUCGGGGGAGGACAAAUCAUCCCCGCCUUGCCCUGGCCAGAAAUGGAACUUGGGGGGAUUCAAUGCAGCUGAACAUUGGAAGACUCAGGACAAACAAGCGGAAGUGCUUCUUCACACAGUGCAGAGUUAAAUUCUGGAAUUUGCUACCACAAGGUGUUCCUCCGACAUGAUUGUCAUGUGAGUUGUCAGCCAUGGCGAGCAGGAAAUGUCAAACCACCACAGCCAGCAUGCUGGAUCACCAGGCGAGAGCUUCUCCUCCUUUGCCCCAGGAUAGGGAGGCUGAAAAUGAGGGUGAUAACUUGCCUGUGGAGGACUAUGUGGAGAAGGAGACAGAGGUUGUGGCCGCCAGGGAAGGCACACCUACGCUGGCUGAGCACGGGUGUCUCGACCACAGCGGGGAUGGCGACUCCAGUUCUGAUUAUGUCAACAACACUUCUGAAGAGGAGGAUUACGAUGAGGGGCUCCCGGAGGAAGAAGAAGGGAUUACGUACUACAUCCGAUACUGCCCAGAGGAUGACGGUUACCUGGAAGGGAUGGACUGCAGUGGGGAAGAGUAUGUCCCCCAUGAAGAGCAUCCAGUGGAGACGGAUGAGUGCCAGGAAGCUGUAGAGGAAGCGGAGUGGUCCGACGUGAAAAUGCAGCACCGGGAUGAAUGCGAUGCCACAGAAGCCACGGGCCACCACGAGGGCUGCGUCCAGGUUUUGGAAGGGGAGGUGGCCUGCCUGGAGAUCCAAGACCAAGAAGAGAACCUCCAGUAUUGCCAUCCAAGCAAAGAGCGCUACCAGGGUUACUACUCGCCUGAAGCAAACGGGAAUCCCCACGGGAUGUCUCCUUACCACUCUGGGAAAGAAGAGGCCGAGCUAGAAGAGCAGGAGGAAGACAUCGACCAGAUCGUCGCAGAGAUUAAGAUGAGCAUGAGCAUGAGCAGCAUCAACAGCGCCUCGGAGAUGAGCCCAGAGCACAGAGGGACUGAAAACGUGCCAAAUGACUAUGCAGAGACUUGUCCAAAGGGAGACUCUGGCCACAGCUCCAACAGGCAUCUGGGAAGGCCAAAAUCCCUGAACAUCCCCACUGCAUCGAAGCAAGUGGGAGAUGGACCCAGAGGCUUCAAAACCAAGUCAAGAACCCCCGAGGAAAGACAGACGUGGCCACAAGAACAGGUAUGCAAUGGGUUAGAUCAGACUCGGAAACAGCAGCGUUCUGACCUCAAUGGACCGAUCAACAACAAUAAUAUGCAGGAGACAAAGAAGGUGUCCUCCUUCCCGAGCUUUGUUGAUGUUCCAGGCCCUUGCGAACCCGAAGACCUCAUUGAUGGCAUCAUCUUUGCAGCCAAUUACUUGGGCUCCACGCAGCUGCUCUCAGAACGCAACCCCUCCAAAAACAUCCGAAUGAUGCAAGCCCAGGAGGCAGUGAGCCGCGUCAAGAGCUCUGAGGGAGAUUCCCAGGCUUUGACAGAAGUGGAUCUAUUCAUCUCCACACAGAGGAUUAAAGUUCUGAAUGCAGAUACACAGGAAACCAUGAUGGACCAUGCACUGCGCACAAUCUCCUACAUUGCCGAUAUAGGUAACAUCGUCGUUUUGAUGGCCAGGCGCCGGAUGCCCCGAUCAGCUUCGCAGGACUGCAUUGAGACGACCCCCGGCGCACAGGAAGGAAAGAAGCAGUACAAGAUGAUCUGCCACGUCUUCGAAUCAGAGGAUGCUCAGCUGAUUGCCCAGUCAAUUGGCCAGGCCUUCAGUGUGGCAUACCAGGAGUUCCUCAGAGCUAAUGGCAUAAACCCCGAGGAUUUGAGUCAGAAGGAAUACAGUGACAUCAUCAACACCCAGGAGAUGUACAAUGACGAUCUGAUCCAUUUCUCCAACUCGGAAAACUGCAAAGAGUUGCAGAUAGCCAAACACAAGGGUGAGAUUCUUGGUGUGGUCAUCGUGGAGUCUGGCUGGGGGUCCAUUUUACCCACAGUGAUCCUAGCCAACAUGAUGAAUGGGGCCCCUGCUGCUCGUUCAGGGAAGCUCAGCAUCGGGGACCAGAUUAUGUCCAUCAACGGGACCAGUCUCGUGGGGCUUCCCCUGGCAACAUGCCAAGGAAUCAUAAAGGGUCUUAAGAACCAGACGCAAGUGAAGUUGAACAUUGUCAGCUGCCCUCCAGUCACCACUGUUCUUAUAAAGCGACCGGACUUGAAAUACCAGUUGGGCUUCAGUGUACAGAAUGGAAUUAUCUGCAGUCUGAUGCGAGGAGGGAUAGCUGAGAGAGGUGGUGUCAGGGUUGGCCAUCGCAUCAUUGAGAUCAACGGUCAAAGUGUCGUUGCCACAGCUCAUGAGAAGAUUGUGCAAGCUUUGUCGAACUCUGUGGGAGAGAUUCAUAUGAAGACAAUGCCCGCAGCAAUGUUCAGGCUGCUAACGGGACAGGAGACACCACUGUACAUCUAACUCUCAUCAAAAGAACUGAACUGAACUAUCCCAGCCAUUCUAGAACCUUCAAGAGGAAUUUUUGUAUUUUGUAGGAACUGAAAGGGUUUGAACCAAUUCGUGGAUAUAUUCUGAAACUCAACAGAUCCAGCUUCUUUGCCUUUUUCUUCUUCAUUUCUUUCUAUUUUAAACAACAUUCUGUUGCCAAAAGAUGAAUCUGUUACUUAUGGACCAAUAACCAACUGACACCACCUUUCCAAUACAUGGAAGUAUUUUGCAAAAUCAUCUACAAAACCCUUUCCCUGUGGAAGCUGGAAAGCAUAGGGUGGCACCCACCACAAACGCCCCCUGUGCAAACCCCACUGGCAUGUUGCCUGGGAUCCAGCUGCAGGCAGUGGCGCCUGUGCAAUCCCUCUUGCUGGUGGAUUCUGCUUGUGGCAUUUAUUUGAACCCUGACUGUGGCAUGGCCGUCCCAGGUAUGCAUGCCUGCUGCUUUUAAGCAAUGUGGUAAGACUGAGUGUGUAAUUUGAGGAGAUGAGUGAGGGCAGGCCAGUUUUGAAAUGACCAAGAAUGUAGGCACUUCUGGUUGGGAGCUGGGCUUGGGGGUGGAGUGUUUGAUGAUGCUAAUCCAAUGAAAAGCUACUGUCGUCCUUGGUAUUCUUAUUGACAAGUGUAAUGUGUUAACAAGUUUUGAUGAAACGUGACUUUAAGUGUGGAACAAGGGGUGGGGGCUGGUGGGGAGGAGGAGGUUUUUUAAAAAACAAAACAAAAACCCAGAUGCAAAAUAACGAGACUUGCCGCAAUAUAAAGCUGGAUAUUUAUUUAAAUCAAGUAAAUUUAUGGUUUGGAAACUGAAGUUUUUUAAUGACUGAAAUUGUUCCUAUGGAUUUGCAUAUGGGGUACCAUGGGGUUCCUAGUUUUUAAUAUCCCACAACCUUCCAUCUUUGGUUGAACUUGAGUUUACUACCAGAAAGCCAUGUUUAAAUAGUUUUAAGGUCAAUCCUGUUUCCUUUUUUUGUUUUUUGUUUUUCUGAGCCAACAUGUGGUCUGAAUGUAAAUGAUGGCUGCAAACGGGGAAGUCAUCGCCAUCAACAGUAUUAGAAUUUGUGGAGAUGAUAAACCGAGUACUAGUAAUGUUGUGUUCAUUAUGAGAUAAAUGUCAACUGAUGUAACCUUUUUCGUCUUGAUUUCUCUCUCUCUCCUUUUGGCCAAGGCCUUGAAAAAAAACAAUAAUACACUGUGACUAAAGAAGCCUUACCAUGCAGUAACAGAAAAGCUUUAGGAUUACUGUAGUUCAAGGAGUAACGCCGUAGAUCUCUUGUUGCAUGCAGGUGACCCUAGGAGAGAAAUAAUCUAGACUCGCUAAUAAAUUUGGAGUAAUAAAGUACU